AUGUAUGCUUUUGUUCGAUUCUUUGAAGACGAUAUUUGCUACGCGUUACCUGUUUCUAGUGUCGAAGAUUUCAGACCUCUGCACAGAACAGAUUUUAAUCAUCAGAAGGUGUAUCUGGUUCACAGAACUGAGGAGAAUGGCUGCACAGGCCAGCCGUGCCAAGCACAGAUUCUUGCCCUUGCAGAUACAAUAGAAGAAUUUGAAGACAGUAUAUCACAAAAGAAGAUGAAAAUCCCCAAGAUGUCCAUCAAGAAUUCAGGAAACUCAAUUGAGAACAAUUUUGGUGAGGAGCGAAUGCCUCUCAGACAUAAAAAGGCUCUGUCUCACGACCAUGGACGCCCCCUCUCCAACUCCUCAAAGAGCCUUGCAGCAGUAGUGGCUCGUCUGGAGAGAAAUGCAGCUAACUCUUGUAUGGAGGGCGAAGAGGACUUGGAUGAGGACCGGUUGGCUGAGGAGGGAGAGGAUGCAGAUGAUGAAGAUGAAGAUAUGGAAGCAGUGCAUCGGCGAUGUCAUCAUCAGCAGCAACAGCAACAUUUGGAAAUGGACACAAAUUGUGUGCCGGAGGUAGCCACUGCUGUCGUUCCAAGAGUUUUGUAUGAGGAGCUGGUUCACAGCUACAGGCAGCAGGAGGAGGAGAUGAGGAGACUGCAGCAGGAGCUGGAGAGAACACGCAAACAGCUGGUGCAGCAGGCAAAGAAGCUGAAAGAAUAUGGCAGUUUGCUGACAGAAGUCAAAGAACUGCGGGACUUCAACAGGAGGCUGCAAGACGUACUUCUCAUUAGACUGGGCAGCGAGCCUAUGCAUGACAAUGGCACUCAGACAAUCAAGGCUGAAGUUGUUGAACCAAUUGUUGAGACCCCAGAAACCUGCAGAGAAGAAGCCAACACAAGUUCAAGCUAUUCACCCUCACCUAGAACAGUGUACACCUGCAACGACGGAAAGGUACAUCUUGGUGGUGGGAUCUGGGUAGAAGAAGAGAAGUGGCACCAGCUGCAGAGGACCCAGGGAGACUCCAAGUUCACAAAGAACCUUGCUGUAAUGAUCUGGGGCACUGAAACUCUUAAAAAUCGCAGUGUCACAGGAGUUGCAACAAAAAAGAAGAAAGAUGCUCUGCCCAAACCACCACUGUCACCCAGCAAGCUGAAAAUUGUCAGAGAGUGUCUCUACGACAGAGUGUCUCAAGAGACCGCUGACAGCGCCGAGAUUACACAGAGAUUGUCCAAAGUGAACAAAUACAUUUGUGAAAAAAUUAUGGAUAUCAACAAGUCCAUCAAGAACGAAGAGCGGCGGGAGUCCAAGCUUCUCAUCAGACAGACGGUCAAGAUGGAGAACUUCACUUACGAUGGCAUAUAGUGAUUAGCAGUCAUGUCAGCGCCUUCUGCCCCACGUGGUCUGCAGGAUUAUGAGGGGACUUGGUAUGGGUGGUGGAGAAACACCAUCAGUGUUUCCGGAGUGGUCAUAAUUCAUUCACUCAUUCCAUUGAUUCUUCUGUGAAAUGUUUAAGCAAGUAGGUCCCAUGUAACCUCCCUAAAAUGCAAGCACCGCAUUUUUCAGUUAUUUGAUUUGGUGCCAGACAGCUUUACCCACCGGUUAGAAGUUAAACGCAUUAAAGAGUUCGAUUGGAGCAGGAGUUAGUGUUUUUUUUAUGAGCUUUACCAUGGUACAGAGAUGUGGUUUAUUAAGAUGUGUUCACAAGUGUCAAAAGAGAAAUUAGAUGUUAUUAAUUUAUCGUUCUGUGUCAGAACAUCCUUUUGAGUCCUUGAACUUUUAAAAAGUAAGAGGUUAUUUCAGUCGUUUUAAGUGUUCUGAUGCUAUGAAACAUGAUGAUGAUGGCUUAUGUUGGUUCUUAGACGUGGGGACUAUCUGGUAACCGUUGGGAUUUUGAAUGUUGGUACUUAAUGUAUAGAACGAGACGCCAGAGUCUCACUGCACAAGUCUUAAUUAAUAACAGCCAUAUGUCAUUUUGCUCCAAGAGAUUAAUUUUUGAAUGUGUGCCGUUCCUUAACGUAUUUAACACAUCUGUUCAUAAAGGAGAGAGAUUUAUUGAAAGGUAUGACUUCUGUUUUGAGGGAAGAUUGCAAUGCUUGUUUUAUUUUUAUCUUUUGGGUAAUUGUAUUUGUCAUCGAUGUAUGAGC